AAACUGAAAUGCAUAAAGUUAGUUCCGAACAAACUCGGGGCCCACUACGAAGCAUCUCCUGGUUGCAUUUGGGUGUUCCGGCGCCAAUUUCCGACCACCGUCGUCGCAUUCUCCGUCUUCAAAGCCUAAAGGAAUCGUCGAUUUUCCAAACCUACAACAUCAUACAUUCAUGUUUUCUCUCUCUAACUUCUUCUCUUUUAAUCUUGAGAGAGAAAGUGGAGAGAGAGAAGGAUGGCGAUUGAUGACGACCAGUCGAAAACUUGCGUCGUCCUCGGAGGCAGAAGCUUCAUUGGAAGAUGUCUCGUCGUGAGGUUAUUGAAACUAGGUAAUUGGAUCGUACGAGUUGCCGAUUCCGCUCAGACUCUCCAACUCGAUCCCUCCGAGUCCAAGCACGACUCGCCUCUUAACCGUGCUCUCUCUACUGGUCGUGCUUCCUAUGCACACGUUGAUGUUCGCCACAAAAGUACAAUCAUUAAUGCUAUCGAAGGUUCAGAAGUCGUAUUCUACAUGGAUGAUAUCGAUUCUUGCAAUAAUGAUUUCUAUGUUGGUUACUCAAUAAUUGUUCAAGGUGCUAAAAAUGUCAUCAAUGCCUGUCGACGAUGCAAAGUUCAUCGGCUAAUAUACAACAGUACUACAGAUGUAGUGAUUGAUAAAUCACGUGAUAUAUGCAGUGGAAAUGAGACAUUACUAUACUCAUCCAAAUUUAAGAACUUGUAUAGUGAACUGAAGGCUCAAGCAGAGGCAUUUGUUUUGCUUGCUAAUGACAUUGAUGGGGGGCUCCUUACAUGUUCUCUUCGCCCUAGCAAUGUUUUUGGACCUGGUGACAAGCUUCUUUUGCCAUCUCUUAUUGAAGUUGCAAAAUCUGGUUGGGCAAAGUUUAUUAUAGGAAGUGAUCAGACCAUUUCUGACUUCACAUACGUGGAAAAUGUCGCCCAUGCCCUUAUCUGUGCUGAAGCUGCUUUGUCUUCUCGCAUGCUCAUUGUGUCUGGAAAGGUAUUCUUCAUUACUAAUUUUGAGCCUGCAAAAUCUUGGCAAUUUGCCUUGUGUAUGCUGGAGGGGUUAGGUUAUUACAGGCCAGUGAUCAAACUUCCAGUUUACAAUACAGUCCAAUUAAUGUCACACACUACAACUUAUAACUGCUCUGCAGCUGAGCGCUAUAUUGACUACUCCCCAAUCGUUUCACUGGAUGAUGGUAUUGCAUUGACUGUCAAAUCAUUCUCUCAUCUAGCUAAAGAUUUACCUUCAACAAGGCUUGGUGACUUAAUUGAACAAUCAAAAGUGGAGGAGCUGCUAGGGGGUGGACAAGUUGCGGAAAUUUUAUUGUGGAGAAAUGAAAGGAGAUCAUUCUUAUGGUUUGUUGGAGUUGGUUUUGUGUAUUACUGGUUUUGUGUAUGUGAAAGAAUGAUGAUCUCCUCUACUGCUGAGCUUUUGCUGCUGAUGAUAGUAGUGGUGUCUGGAUAUGCUAAACUCUCACCAACAGUGUAUGGAUGUGCUAGAUUGUCACCUAAAGUGUCGGUGUGUUCGAUCUCGAGGACAAUACCAUGUUUUGAGGUGUCUGAAACGUGUAUGAGGAGCUGUGUUAGAAGCAUGGUAAACAUAUGGAAUGGAGUAGGUGAUGUGGCUAGAUCAUUGGCACAAGGAAAUGACUGGACUUUGUUUUCCAAGGUCGUAUUGUCAAUCUACUUUUUCAAGUUGCUGGUGGUGAACUCCUUCCCCACAUCAAUGGGAGUAGGGUUGGGGUUUUUGUUUAGUUUGUUGUUCGUUUAUGAGCAAUACGAUGUGGAGAUGGAUGGGUUGGUAGGGGUUUUAUUUGAAAUGAUGAGGCAAUGUGUUGUGAGUGUGACAAGUCGUAUACCUGUGCCAACACCAGCUCCUCUAUGUAUCAACACCACUACUACAAAAUCCAAGGAUCAGAGACACAACAAUUAGGGCAGUAGAACCAAAACCAACAUUGUUGUAUAUGCCACUCGCUCAUUUAGACUAUAUUACCUCCAUGUUUGUAUAUCAAAGUACACAAGGCUAACCCUUUUUUCAUUACAAUAAUUGAAUCAAGU